AUGCCAAACACUCCCAUUAAGAUGCCUUCCUUUUUGGAGGAACCAAACAACACCACUUCCCCUACCUGUUUUGCUCAAUUUUACCAACCUGAGGUUGUUUGUAUCCAUGAAAGUAGCUGCCUUCAACACAGUACAAAAGUUGCUCUUCGUAAUAAUGAGCCUUCUGUGAGAAACAAACAUAGCCCAGACUCUUCCAUAAUUGUUGAUAAACUAGAGAUUGGUGAGCAAGUCACUCAGAAGCUGAAUCCUAUGGACAAGAAGAGGAGGUACCCAGACGGUUCUUCCAUGAGUUCUGCUCAGUCAAAGGAUGUGAGAGAAUUGAAAGGGAAGAAGAAAAAAAGAAGCAGUGUAGGAAUGAAAGAUGGUGAUCAAGCUCAGAGCAAGCCUACGGGUAAUAAAAAAGAUGGGAAGAAAGUCGUUGAAGAAGCUCCAACAGGCUACAUUCAUGUAAGAGCAAGGAGGGGCCAAGCAACAGACAGCCACAGCCUAGCAGAGAGGGUAAGGAGAGAGAAAAUAAAGGAAAAGAUGAAGUUGUUGCAAGCUAUUGUUCCUGGGUGUGACAAGAUGAAGUUGUUGCAAGCUAUUGUUCCUGGGUGUGACAAGGUAACUGGAAAGGCCCAUAUGUUGGAUGAAAUAAUUAACUAUGUCCAGUCCCUACAAAAUCAAGUAGAGUUCCUUUCUAUGAAGCUUGCUUCCCUGAAUCCCAUGUUCUAUGACUUUGGAAUGGACACAGAUGGUUUUAUGGCUAGACAUGAGCCCACAGGAUUUUCGAACAGAACCAAUAGUUUCACCACAGAGAAUAACUAUCCUCUUGUGGACAGUUCAAAUCCACUUCUGUUUCAACAAGGGCAGUUGCUAAAUAAUCUCUCUCAGGCUACUGGACAGCUCUUAUGGGAUAUAGAUGAGCAAAGGCAAAAGUUUAUAAAUCAAUCUGGUUUCAGCAACAACUUGUGCUCUUUCUAUUAAUAUCAGACCAAGAGCUGCCCUACACACAUCUGUUUGUAGGGAGAUUUCAAUGCACACAAACAUAGAGGAAACUAAAAUAUUGAGGGCAUAAGUUCAAAGCUGCUUAUUCUUUAGUAUCAAUUCUUAUUGUUCAUCACAUCAAGGCUCUGAUUCAAAGCAAAGUUGAUAAUGGAGUCUGCUCAAGCUAUGAAUAAAGGGCAUGAAGCAUAAUCCAUGGAUGGAGAACACAAGGGAGACACCAAAGGACAGCUAAAACCGACCAUAUUAGACCUGCAGAUCUCAUGUAGAUCCCUUGUUCCUGACCCAAUUUGUGUCAUAGUGAUAGCUGAAAUGAUGUAAAAAUCGGACCUAAUUUCUUGUACUAAUCAAUUUACCUAAUUUCUUGUCCCUUUUGUUAAAUUUUACUGUUGCCUUGAC